GCCGCGCGGCGCCGCGAUCUGAAACCCGGCGGCGGCCUGAGCCCUCCCCUCCCGGCAAGUGAGACAGGGUGCCGGGGAGCUCCGGCUUUGUUUCUGGGGCUGGGAUGCACGGUUUCUCAACUCCGUUCUCCACCCCCACCCCCCCGCGCAGGAAACGCCCAGAACCACCCCGCGCCGUGGUCUACAAAGCCCGGAGCGUCCGAAGGCGGGAGGGGUUGGGCGAGCCCGGGAGGCAGGAGGAUCCCCACCACACAGGCUCACGCCCGGCUCCCCCAUCAGGCCGCCUCCAGCCGCAUGAAGACCCCCAGGCCGGGGCUGAGAGCCUGGAGCAGCCCGGACUGAAAUCUUGUGGCGGCCUUAGAGCGUUAGACAGGAUGCGGCUGGGCCGCCGGGCCCUCUGUGUGCUGGUCCUGCUGCUCGCCUGCGCCUCGCUGGGGCUCCUGUACGUGAGCACCCGGGACGCGCCGGGCCUCCGGGCACCUCUUGCGCUGUGGGCGCCCCUGCAGGCCCCCCGCAGACCAGAACUGCCAGACCUUGCGCCCGAGCCCCGCUAUGCACACAUCCCGGUCAGGAUCAAGGAGCAAGUGGUGGGGCAGCUGUCUGGGAACAACUGUAGUUGUGAGUCCAGUGGAGGGAGCUUUUACCUCCCCUUCCAGAGGCAGGUUGGAGCCAUUGACUUCACCAAGGCCUUUGACCCUGAGGAGCUGAGGGCUGCCUCAGCCUCCAGGGAGCAGGAGUUCCAGGCCUUCCUUUCCAGGAGCCAGUCUGCUGCGGACCAGCUGCUCAUAGCCCCUGCCAACUCCCCUCUUCAGUACCCCCUGCAGGGUGUGGAGGUCCAGCCCCUCCGGAGCAUCUUGGUGCCAGGGCUGAGCCUGCAGGCAGCUUCUGGUCAGGAGCUUUACCAGGUGAACCUGACUGCCUCCUUAGGCACCUGGGAUGUGGCAGGGGAAGUGACUGGAGUGACUCUCACUGGAGAGGGGCAGCCAGAUCUCACCCUCACCAGCCCAGGGCUGGACCAACUCAACCGGCAGCUUCAACUGGUCACUUAUAGCAGCCGAAGCUACCAGGCAAACACAGCAGACACAGUCCGGUUCUCCACGGAGGGACAUGAGGCUGCUUUUACCAUCCGCAUAAGACACCCCCCCAACCCUCGGCUGUACCCAUCUGGGUCUCUACCCCAGGGAGCCCAGUACAACAUCAGCGCCCUGGUCACCAUCGCUACUAAGACCUUCCUGCGUUACAAUCGGCUACGGGCACUCAUCGCCAGCAUCCGCCGAUUCUACCCAACGGUCACCGUGGUCAUCGCCGACGACAGCGACAAGCCAGAGAGCAUUAGCGGUCCCCAUAUCGAGCACUAUCUCAUGCCUUUUGGCAAGGGCUGGUUCGCAGGCCGGAACUUGGCCGUAUCCCAAGUAGCCACCAAGUACGUCCUGUGGGUGGACGACGACUUCGUCUUCACGGCGCGGACGCGGCUGGAGAGGCUUGUGGACGUGCUGGAGCGGACGCCGCUGGACCUGGUCGGCGGCGCGGUGCGCGAGAUCUCCGGCUUCGCCACCACCUACCGGCAAAUGCUGAGCGUGGAGCCUGGCGCGCCGGGCCGCGGGAACUGCCUCCGGCAAAGGCGCGGCUUCCACCACCAGCUCGUCGGCUUUCCAGGCUGCGUGGUCACGGACGGCGUGGUCAACUUCUUCCUGGCGCGCACCGACAAGGUGCGCGAGGUCGGUUUCGACCCGCGCCUCAGCCGCGUGGCGCAUCUGGAAUUCUUCCUGGAUGGGCUUGGUUCCCUUCGAGUGGGCUCCUGCUCAGACGUCGUUGUGGAUCAUGCAUCUAAGCUGAAGCUGCCUUGGACAUCAAGGGAUGUGGGGGCAGAGACUUAUGCCCGGUACCGUUACCCAGGAUCACUGGAUGAAAGUCAGGUGGCCAAAUAUCGCCUACUCUUCUUCAAACACCGGCUGCAGUGCAUGACCUCAGAAUGAUGGCCUCUAGGGGCCUUCAAACUGUCAGGCUGGGCCUGCCUCCUUGUCCCUGCCAGGAAUUUCUAGAAAAUCCCAGGAAUUCCUAGCAAAUCCCACCACCCGGUGACCGCUCCACUGACUGUCCCUGCUCCCCUUCAGAAUCUGAUCCCAAAUAGGGGCUUGUCCUGGUGACACUCCUCCUUUCUGUGAGUGCCCAGGGUUAGGGACGUGAUGGAGCCGUAACUCGUCCCACAGCCAGUGCCAAGUCCUCCCCCCCACCUCCUUCUCGUGGGGCAGGAAGUGGGGGGGGUCACUUUCCAAGUGCCAAAGAGCCCAUGGGGACUCUAAGAACUUAAAGUGGAAAUACUCUCCUCUUAUCUCCUUGGGACUGAGGGGGUGGGGAGGCCCCCCCACAUGUGUUCCCAGGGCUCUGCCCCUCUCCCUCAUCUCUGGACCCAGGACUCUGCAUAGGCUCCAGCCCCGACCCCCUCCCCCACCCCAUGGAGAGAACUGGUGACUCUGGAGCUGGGGUGAGGGCUGGUGAACACACAAGUGAAAGCC